AUGAUGAGGAGGUUCGAGGACAAGUGUGACGCCAAGGGAUUGGCCAACCAUUUGGUGAUACUUCGAAUGGAGAUGCCCCAUUCAUCAAAGAAGGUGCCCAUCAUCUUUCACUCAUGGCUCGUCUUAGAUGAGUCCACUGCAUCAGAAAAUAUCUUUUCUGGCUGCCAGUUAUUUCUGGACAGGUCACCAAGAAAGAUGAUCCCCUUCCAGCCCGAGACCGCGUACAUUGUUCCUUCAGCAGAGCGGGACGCAUUGCCUCACGCGAGCGAAGGAUUCAGGAGCUUGAGUGAGUACCAGGAGACGGCCCAAUAUCUGUCUGGGCCAAGCUUCCCAGAGGCGAUCCUUCAAUCUAUCACCAGCAAGGCAAAGCUACCGUCAAAAGUGUUGGGGGUGAUCAAUUGCACUCCUUAUGACGCUUGUCUUGAGCGGGCUUGCAUGCAGCACCUCAGCAGCCCUUAG